AUGUAAAAUAGGACUUUGAAUUAGUUUAACAAAAAUACAUCUGCUAUGCAAGUAGAAGAACCCAUUGUUAAACCUAUGUUGCCAUGGGUUGAAAAAUAGUAUAAAUACUUAAUAAUAUAAAGUCGUCCUAACAAAAUAGAAGAUUUAGCAUAUUAAGAAGAAGUGGUUUAGAGUUUGUAAGGUGUUUUGAAAACUGGAAAUUUACCUCAUCUUUUACUUCAUGGACCUCCAGGAACUGGGAAGACAUCUACUAUAAUAGCAUUAGCUAAGCAAUUAUUUGGACCUGAUUUUUGGAGAUAAAGAGUAUUAGAAUUGAAUGCUUCUGAUGAUAGAGGAAUUAAUGUUGUUAGAAAUAAAGUGAAAAAGUUUGCAGAAUAAAUAGUUGCCAAAAACCCAAACCCAGGAUUUCUAUGUCCUAGUUAUAAAAUCAUUAUUCUUGAUGAAGCUGAUUCAAUGACUAAUGAUGCUUAAAGUGCUCUUAGAAGAAUUAUAGAAGAUUAUGCAACUACUACUAGAUUUUGUAUAAUUUGUAACUAUAUUACAAAAGUAUUUAUGUAUUUUAAUUAGAUCAUUGAACCUUUAGUAUCAAGAUGUGUUAAAUAUAGAUUUAAAUCUAUUCCUGAGAAUGAAUAAAUAGAAAGACUUAAGUUUGUUGCUGAUUCUGAAUCUGUAACAUAUAAUUUGGAUGCAUUAAAAUAAUUAGUGAUUGUAUCUGGUGGUGAUCUUAGGAAGAGUGUAAAUAUGCUUUAAAGUUCAUCAACCUUAUAUGAGAAGACUAUAAAUAAAAAAGCUAUAAAUGAAAUAUCAGGAGUAAAAGAUAAUAAUAAAUAAUUUAGUUUAUUCCAGAUGAAUAAAUAGAAGAUCUUGUAUCUGUAAUUUAAACUAAGAGUAUAAGAAGUGUUUAAGAGGAAUGCAAUAGAGUUAUUUAAUAAGGAUAUAAUAUUGAAUAGUUGGUUAUUUAUUAUUUAAUUAUAAUAGAUUUUACAAUUUUUAGAUCUUGUUUUAGCAACAGAUACAAUUAAAGAAAAAUAAAAAGCAAAGAUGAUGGAAAUAGCAGCUUAUACUGAAAAAUGUUUAAUUGAAGGAUCAGCUGAAGACUUGCAAAUAUUUAACUUAAUGGCUUAAUGUUAGCGAAUUAUAAAUGAAAAUUGAU